AUGGAACUCAGUGGUGUAUAUAACUGUAAUGUCAGAGUCAAGGAGGAACCAAAUGACGUUUUCCCAAUUGAAAAUGAAGAUUAUAAGAUGAUUGAUAAUACAUACGAUGUUAAAACCGACGGAUUCUCGAGUUUUCGUCGAGAAAAUUUUACUCAUAAGCUUCAAGAAUAUGAUGAAAAUUCUGGACCUAAUGACGAUUUGGAAAUAGAAUUCGAAUGUAAAGACGAGAAGCUCGGCAUUAACUUAUUAGUAGUCAAAAAGAUCGAGGACGAUUACCCAGAUCACUUGCGGCAUAUGAAAAAUAGUGGCGAUUAUCAGACUCAAAAGAAAAUUAAAGAAGAAAUUGUCGACGAAGUAAAAGAGGAAUUGAAUUUGGAUGGUGAACUCAGUGAUGCAUUAGAUGCAAAUGAAAAAACAUUUGCUCAAAAUAGUCAAUACAAAACCCAAACUGAUAAGCGAUUCUGUUUGCGUGAGUGCGUGAAAACAAUGGCCCAAGAAAUAAAUCACGAGUUUCUUCGUAAACUUCAUUCUUUGGUGAGGGAUUACGAGGGCCAACUCCCGAAUCUGCGAGACAUUUUUCGGCCCGAAGCUGUUGAACAGCUUCUCAUGGAGUCUAUAAAGAAUUACUUUCAUAACGAUAUUGACCCAAAGCCAUUCAUCAGAUUUGUGAUCAACACCGGCUACAAGGACGAACCCAAGGUAAAUCAAAAUGGCAAGAUAAUUUUGCGUCGUACCACACCGAUUCAUCUCGUGACUUCAUUCGACUAUCUUGAGGUUCUCAAUGAUCUGUUUCAAAUAUACGUCAGAUUCGACGUGAAUUACACCGACGAAUUUGGAUGCACACAUUUUCAUAAAGCCUGCAGCUACGGCCUCUAUAACGUCGUCGAGAAAUUCCUCGAGUUCGGACAGGAUCCUAAUUGCGUCUUUCGAGAAACGGGCGAUACGCCGCUGAUCUUGGCUCUGAGACAUAACACAAAAGACGUGGUCGAAUUGCUGUUGAAACAUGGCGCAGAUCCGAAUGUAGUCAACAACAAGGGAGAGACCCCUCUGCAUAUCAUUUGCGACAGAAUAGACGAUGCCGAUGGCUUGGUCGAGUUAUUCUUCAUUAUGAACAAAAAAAUCAAGCGGACAGUGGAGAUCGAUGCAAAGGACAAGUUGGGCCGUACACCACUGCAAUUAGCUGUGUUGAGCCUUGCAGCAAAAACUCUCGAUGUACUCUUGAAAUACGGCGCUGAUCUGUCCAACUUCGUUUUUCCCUCUGAGAGUUAUUUUGCUAAGAAUUUGGUACCAGCGGCAUUUCAAAGAGUCAUUUUUAAUUGCAGUUACUUGAAUAGAUUGAGAUGGGGGUCUCGCGCUCUGAUCAUGGUUGACAUACUCGAGAAUAGAGGAUACAAACUGAACCGAGACGACGCCCUGAAAAUCAUGGGAAUUUUCACCAAGCACAGAUUCUAUUAUGAGCCGAUGAAUCUCGAUACAUCUUG